AUGGCAUUAGAAGACAAGCGAAAAUCGGCUCAGCCUAGCCGUAAAGGAAAGAAGGCAUGGCGUAAGAAUAUUGACCACGAGGAUGUCGAUGUGGGUCUUGAAGCUAUGCGAACAGAAGAACGUGUGAGAGGCAAAGUUGGAGAAUUAGAAAUGGACGAACUGUUUACCAUUGAUACCGCCGGUGAUAACAGAGUGAAGCGACAAAUAACCAAGGACAAGCCUUUACGAGUGGAUCAAAUUCUGGCCGAACGUUCAGCUGUCCCAGGAUUAAAAUCACGUGCAGUGCCGAAACCGACGGUGACGAAAGGGGAACCUUCCAAGCAUCAGAAACAUUUGGUAGACAAAUAUAAACGCAAGUUGGACAAUGCAGUUGCACCCGCUGCGAAAAAGAAGAGCAAAAAUACACGAUCGUACGAUUUAUGGUCAGAAGAACCUGCCGAGACCACCAAUGAAUACUUGGAACCUGUCAAAAAACAUAAAGCACCUGCUACUCUAAGCCAAAAGCCGAAAGCAGCGAUACAUCAAGCUGCAGUGACGAUUCCCGAUGCGGGUGCUUCAUACAAUCCUACAGAAGAGGAGCAUUUGAAAUUACUAAAGAAGGCGCAUGAUAUCGAAGUGGAGAAAUUGGAAGCGCAAAAAGCAUUAGAUGAACAAUUGGCAUACCGUAAAGAGUUGGAAGCUCUUGCCAGUGAGCUGGACGAAACGAUUGCAUUGGAAGAAUUAGAGGAAGCGGCUGCGGCUGAAGCCGAGGCCGAGGAUGAAGAUACGCCGACAAAAAAGGCUGCGAAACAGGCAAGAAAGACCACCACCGAACGUAACCGUGAGAAACGAUUACGACAAGAGCGCGCGAUCCAGGCUCAGCGCAAUCAAGAAAAGAAGAUUCGUCAACAGAUUGAUCGAUUGAAGCACAUCGAGGCGGAUAUUACUACGCGAACAGAGGAACUGGCCCAACUUUUGGCAACCAAGAAACAGCAAAAGGCCGAAGAGGAGAAGCAAGGUCUGAAACGUGUGGGAAAGCACUAUGUGCAGGAAAUGCCGGUGGAAGUACAAUUGCAGGAUGAACUUGCUGAAAGUCUUCGUCAACUCAAGGUAAAAUUAGAACACUGGUUUCACAUCACUGAUAACAUCACAUGA